UGUCUCCAGCUGCGACUCCCAUGCCCGAUUCGUCCAAAGACCCAAGCAUCUCGCAAGAUACCUCUGCACUCUAAUGGCAUAUAAACGCUGCAGGUGGUCCUUCUGUUCGCUACAUCCCCACUGCUUUAGGUAUCCUCCAUCACAGUGCUGUCGCGGCUUCUAGAGCAAUUGAACCAUGACCGGCGUGAUCAAGAGUAAUCGGUGUGGGACUUGCAGGAAGAGGAAGGUCAAGUGCGACGAAGCCAAGCCGGUCUGUGGACCUUGCCGGAAGGGCGGCCGCGCCUGCGAAGAACCCGUAUCUAGGGUUAAGUUCACAAAACCAAAAGACCUCUCUGGCGCCGAGACCCACCAACUCAAGCCCGCCAACAAACCAACGAAUGCCCUGCAGCCCUGUGACGACAUCGCCGUCAUCCGCACUGCUGGGACAGAGCAUGGCGCCUCCUUUCAGACCCUGCGGCUUGGCCGCCUCAGAAAGCCUCUCGAGAAGACCAAUAACCGAGACUCCGGGCGGACGGCUGCAAUAAUACGGCCUCCCGCACUAUCUCCCGUCGAAUCGCUCCAGCUCAUCCUCUUGGAGACGUUCAGCUACGCAAAUCCGGGAUUGCGCCUCGCCUUUGUCGCAAAUUACCUGCGGGAGGUACCAUCCCGACUGGGUCACUCUGCUGCUUUGGAUAACGCCGUAGCGUGCCUCGUUCAUUCCCAUACCCUCGCGUGCAGCAGGCGCUUCCCGGGCAAUGAUCGGAAGCAGGGUAGUCUUUACGCCAAGACUCUGCAAAGCUUACAAGCAGCCCUGGUGGACCCAGUCGAGGGGUAUUCGGAUAACACCCUGGCAGCUGUGACUAUCAUGAGCAGGGUAGAGACGCUCGGUGGCGGGCCCGACGGACCUCAUUUCAUAAACCACGCUGGAGGGGCUUCAAAGCUAAUCCAAGUCCGAGGACCAUCCUAUUAUCAAAGCAGCUUCGCUAAGCUCCUGUUUUUAAGCCAAAGAGGCCCUUCUGUCGCUGUUGCCCUCGUUCGGGGCGAAGAUUGUUAUCUCGACGCGCCGGAGUGGAGGUCCAUUUCCUGUGCCGACGUCCACUCGUGCCAAGCAGAUUGGCUGGCCGAUGAGAUGGAACGGGAGCUUACCGCUUUACCGUCCCUGAUGAGGAGGGUUCGGCAGUUUCAUUCAUCGUCUAAUGCAGCCGAGCGAGCCUCAGUCCUCAAGCAAGCCCAACAACUGCGGAGAGCAAUCCAGGCAACAUCCGAGUUUGUCACUCAGAGCGUUGAGAACAAAGUCGAUGUCUUCGAAGUUCCGUCCAGGGUCGGAGAUACCCUUUUUCCAACCAUUUACCAGUUUUCGACUCGCACCUUGGCCGAUGUUUGCGCCUUCUACUGGGGUGUUACCAUCAUCCUGGACACCAUAAUCGCACGCUUCCUUCCUUUAACCUCCCAGUCGGCCAUGGAGAUCCUCCGCGAUCGCUGCAUUCGCGCUCGCCAGCAAAUCUGCAUGUCGUAUGAGUACUGCGAGCAGUUUUGGCCUAUGGGCUGCAUGUACAUGUCUGGUCCGCUUAUCAUGGCAUAUCAUGGCGCUACUGCGGAAGAGAGACUUUGGAUCAUGCUGAAGUUGUGGAGAAUAGGGGAGCUCAUGCCACAAGUGCAGACUUUUUGGGGCCCUGUCGGCUUGGAAAUCGCGUCGAGAUAUUUCUUCGGGGAGCCGUUGAAGCUGGUCCGAGAUAGAAGCGAUGGUGAGGAUGCGUAUCGGAUGAGCUUUGAAGAGAAUAUGGAUGAUAUGACGAAAAAGAUCAAGGCUCUCUGAGGUGUAGAGAUCGUAUUUAUAGA